CGGCGACCCCAGGGCGCACGAUGAUGCGUCAUCGUUUACAGUUGUGCCAACUGUUUUCUUUGCUCCGAAAUUGCGGUGAGGGGCAACACGAGUGAAUAUUUAUUUGUAAACAUCAUAACCUGUGGUGUUAUUCUUUUUGCGGAAGAAAGUUAGAAAGUUGAUUGGGAAUUGUGAGUGGAGUUUUUAGCUUCAGUGUUUUAAUUGUUUUUUUGGGUCGUGAAGGGCCAUCGGGAGGGAUUUACUUUGGGGUUUAGUGUUAUUGGGGGUUAAUUGUUGCUCAUAAUGCAUCGACAUGUCAACAAUCCCGAGGUUGUCAAGAAUCGGGGGGACCAGGUCGAGCUGGAGAGCCAAUUUGUCAUGCGACUGCCUGUGGAACCUGCCAAAGUACUCAGAGAACUACUCCAGUCUGGGGCACCUCUCAAGGACAGACUUACGAUAAAACUUGAGAAUGAUAUGAGAUAUGGAGAAGUUAGGAUGGAUCAUUGGCUAUUGCAUGCAAAGGUUGUUGAUCUUCCAACUGUUGUCGAGUCCUUAAAAACAAUCGACAACAAGAGUUUCUACAAAACGGCCGACAUUUGCCAGAUGCUUCUCUGCAAAGAAGAGGACGACCAGAUAACAGACGAUGAGUCCCCAGUGCGCCAGAAGAAGAAAGACCCAAACAAAGUAGACAGAAAGUUCCUGUGGCCGCACGGUGUUACUCCGCCAGUAAAAAACGUCCGGCGAAGACGUUUCAGAAAAACAUUGAAGAAAAAAUAUGUCGAAGCACCAGAGAUUGAGAAGGAAGUCAAGAGACUUCUGAGGGGUGAUAACGACGCUGUUAACGUCAAGUGGGAGGUGAUUUGUGAGGACGAAGACACUAGUAAACCCAACAAAAUAUCAAAUUCUGGGACUGUCAAGGGGAAACGAGAUAAUGUUAAUGGAAAUUCCUCGCAGAGUGUUGAUGUUGCUGAGCAUGACAUAUUCGGCGAGGCUGUCAGUGACAGUGAGGACGACGACGAAGAAGCGAACAUCAACGUCAUGGAGCUGGACGAGAACAGCAGAUUGUCAGCAGACAGCAGAGUCUCUGACUCAAACUCCAUGCAAGUGCGAUAUGGUGAACGCUCAGGACAAGACGCCAACACUACAGAAUUAAUCACAGAGUUCAGCAAGGAUAUGUUCCCCUCUGACUCCCAGGAUGAUCAGGAGAGUCGUGGAACUGUUCAGAAGAUCCCAAAGAUGGAGGAAUUCCAUUCGGAGUAUAUUAUUCCUGACAGCUACUCUGAAGGGGGCUCAAUGUCGAUGACUAAAGAUUCAGUGCAGUCACGACUCGAAGAACUGCACAGUGAGCUCCGAGAAUUACGUCAUCGUCGAGAGCAACAAGAAGCAGAAAUUUCAAACAUCGAGAAUCUCAAGUUACGCCAGAGAUUCCAAGAAAUUCUCGAUAAUCUGCUGACGCAAGAGACUCAGAAGAUGCAGGAGAUCCAAGAGUUAGAGAUGGAGUGAGUACUAUUGACAUGAAACGAUAUCCGUACAUUUUUUAUUCUGCAAUUGUAUCCGUCACCCUCCCCCUGAGGACAACGAAGAAGAAAAAAAUAUAUAAAAAAAUGGUUGCUGGAUUUUUUUGUUUGCUCACUGCCAUCUAGUAUAUUUCAUAUGGAAUUACACACUUCUACAGAUCGUGUUCAGUGGUUUCUAAUAUUGCAGAUAAUUAAUGUCUUCGUUUAUUUGGUGUUGAUGUACACAUGCUCUUAUUGAAAACAUUAGAAAAAAUUAUAUAAAAUUGUUCAUUGUAAUGUAAGUGCACCAGUUUCGAUUCACUAUUCACAAAUUCCCAGAGUUCUCCCUAAUUCAAUUGAAUGAUUUACAAGAAGAAAAUAACAUUUCCCACAAAAUACGAAGUAUAAAUGUCAGAUAAUGAAAAAAAGCUGCCAGAAAAUUAAAAUCCCAUGGAAAAAUUCAAAUGAUCUUCAAAACUGGUAUCUCCCCAUCAGUAAUUGCAUCCACAACAGGAAUUGCACGUGUGCACAAUACAUCAACUAUUACCUUAAUAAAUAAUUCGAACACUACAUGAAGAAACAAUGAUCAACUCCGCAAUUUUCCUACGAUUGGCCCCUUAAAAUAGGAUAAUCCAACUGUCUUACAGUUAUCGUAUUAUUAAAAUAAAAAAAAAAUCUGAAAAAAAUAAUAAAGUCAAUAACAUCAUUUGAAGUAACAAUGGACCAACAGUUUGAAUGUUUCAUCAUAUGAAAACAAUCUAAAACACUAUAAAUCGUUUAUCUGUCUCACAGAAACUGAUAAUUCAUAUAAAUCCACUAUCGUCAUUUGCUCAAUCGUUAUAAUACUCCCUAUCACUUAUUCAAUUUUCUUAUAAAGAAUUCAGUUAUUAAAAGCAGAGCAUCUAAUACUAAAAUGCAAUAAUGCAAUACUUUGUAUUGUGCCAUAUACAUACGCCUAUAAAUUUAAGUUAAUUAAUUUAAUAAGUAUUUAUAGCUCGCAUCGAUGGUACACCCAUUCGUGGAUCUAUCGAUGCAAGCUCUUCGGUAUGCUAGAGUCUCGAUGAACUUGAUGAUGUUGAAUUCGUCAUUUGGUCUUGUAAGCAGAUACGUAAAUCGUCAAUUUCACUCUCAGUGUCGAUUGUGAAAUUUUUAUCACUUGAGCCUGUCCAUUGGCGUUUGCUGUUUCUCAAUCUCAAGAUCUGUAUAAAAACAUCAUAAUUAGCUUUGUAAAAUCAAUGCUUUCAAUGAUCUGUCACUACAUAAUGCAAUGCAG